AUGAAUGAAGUUAAACCAAUUAUUGGAACAUGCAAAGAUUAUGAAAAACCAUACCUUAGAUUAACUGGUAAGGCAGACCCAAGCAAAAUUAGACCAAUCGAUAUUUUAGAGACUUGGUUCCCAAAGCUAGUCAGAAAGUACCAAAAUACAAAAAAUUACAACUAUACUUUGGACCAAUUGAAAUCAAUUAGACAGGAUUUAAUGAUUCAACAUAUUAGAAAUAAAUUUACCUUGGGUGUAUAUGAAGCAAAUGCAAAAAUUUGUUUGGAAAACUCUGAUUUUGGCGAAUUUGGUCAAUGUUUAUCUCAAAUCAAAGAGCUAUACGAAACCAUCGAAUCUGAAAAUCAAUUUGAAUUCCUUUCAUACGAUUUAUUAUUUACCCUAUUAUUUAGUGACGAUGAAUUAGUAUCACUAUUACCAAAAAUUAUAAACAAUACAGAACUAUUUAAUAAUCAAAUAAUCAAACACUCAUUCGAAAUUGUUAAAUCGGUUUUAAAUAAGAAUUAUUGUAAAUUUAAUAAACUCUAUCUUGGAUGUUAUAAUAUGGAAAAAUAUUUAUUGGAGAAAAUACUAAAUGAAAAAUUAAGAGUUUAUUCAUUGGAUGCAAUGGUCAAAUCAUACAAACCAUCAAUCCAUUUUAACUUCCUCGAAAAAGAAUUAUCAUUUUCAAAUCAAGAUGAAUUAAUCAAGUUUUUAGAAAACUAUCCUAAACAAUUAAAUAUCAACAAAGAAAAACAAGAACUAGUUUGUUCAUCAAAAAAAAACUAAAAAAUAAAAUAAAUAAUAUUAUUUACAUUAAUAUUAUUUAAUUUUAAUGGUUUGUUUAAAUUACUAU